AGCGCCCUCGAGCCCCCACCCCCGCACCCCAGCUCCCACGAGGGCCAAGAGUUCUCGCUCCGCCCCGCAAGGAGGACUUCCGCGUCCUCCGCCGGCCCGCCCCCUCCCCGGAGGUUCUGCGCAUGUGCGGGGGCCAUAUUAGCAGCGGAUACUCUGGCAGCGCUGGUGAUUUUUCUCCCGCGGAGUUAAGGGCUCCGUGGACGUCACAAGUCUUCAGGGUCUUCCCUCUGUCUCGAAGAUAUGACUCCAGGACCACUAUAUUUUCUCCAGAAGGUCGCUUAUACCAAGUUGAAUAUGCCAUGGAAGCGAUUGGACAUGCAGGCACCUGUUUGGGAAUUCUAGCAAAUGAUGGUGUUUUGCUUGCAGCAGAGAGACGCAACAUCCACAAGCUUCUUGAUGAAGUCUUUUUUUCUGAAAAAAUUUAUAAACUCAAUGAGGACAUGGCUUGCAGUGUGGCAGGCAUAACUUCUGAUGCUAAUGUUCUGACUAAUGAACUAAGGCUCAUUGCUCAAAGGUAUUUAUUACAGUAUCAGGAGCCAAUACCUUGUGAGCAAUUGGUUACAGCACUGUGUGACAUCAAACAAGCUUAUACACAAUUUGGAGGAAAACGUCCCUUUGGUGUUUCAUUGCUCUACAUUGGCUGGGAUAAGCACUAUGGUUUUCAGCUCUAUCAGAGUGACCCCAGUGGAAAUUACGGGGGAUGGAAGGCCACAUGCAUUGGAAAUAAUAGCGCUGCGGCUGUGUCAAUGUUGAAACAGGACUACAAAGAAGGAGAAAUGACGUUGAAGUCAGCACUGGCUUUAGCUAUCAAAGUGCUAAAUAAGACCAUGGAUGUUAGUAAACUGUCUGCUGAGAAAGUGGAAAUUGCAACACUAACAAGAGAGAAUGGAAAGACGGUAAUCAGAGUUCUCAAACAAAAAGAAGUGGAACAGUUGAUCAAAAAACAUGAGGAAGAAGAAGCUAAAGCUGAGCGUGAGAAGAAAGAAAAAGAACAGAAAGAAAAGGAUAAAUAGACACAAUCAGAGAUUCGGUUACCAUUUGGGGCACCGUUUCAGUGUGAAAGCUGACCUACUCUUCCACACUAAGAAGGCUUUGACUUUUUUUAAACUGGUGCAGUGGGAAAAUAGGACAUUACAUACUGAAUUGGGUCCUUGUCAUUUCUGUUCAAUUGAAUACUUUAUUGUAAUGAUGAGGGUUACUUUCUGUGGACAUCUUAACCUUCCACACACAUCCCCUUUUUUUGGAAUAAAAUUUGGAAAAUGGAAAUGAA